UUUUUACUCUUGGAAACCAUUUUUAUGAAAUAACAUACAAAAAUACAUCAAAAGGAGAUGUUGGAUGUUUGUGUAUAAAAAUAUACUUAUGUCAUACUUAAACCAACCUUUUAAACUAACUUUAAAAUUUCAGAAUAUUUGGAAAUAAUUGUUCAUGCCUAUAAGAAAUUGAUAAUGUAUCUCAAAAGAGAUGCACAUGCAUUUCAGAACAAGUAUCUAUCUAUUUGAAAACAAGGAGAGUAAGAAAGUAAAAAAUAAACAAAUAACUAAAUCCAUAUAGUAAGACGGUACUUUUAAGAAAGAAAUGGAAAUAAAUAAGAAAGAAAGACAAAUAAAUAAGAGAGAAAACUAGAAGUAAAUGUAAAAGAAAAAAGGAAAAAGGGUGAAUAUGAAAACAGAAAGGUAUUCCUGCAAAAAAGAAAACAAAAAAGAAAGAUAACAAUGCAGAAAAUGACUAUAAAGAAAAGAAUAACUCAUAUUUGCAUGCCAUCUGUGCCCGUUCUUCACUCCAACCUAAGGCAGGACUAGGAUUUUUUGUGAAGUCUGGGUCUAAGGUGCAAUUGUACGGUAGGGAUUGCCGUGCGAUAGUGAAGGGAAUCUGUUGGCAAGGGUCACCUGUGACACUGUUUUCUGUCCUUGGUCGCGGACCGCCAAUCCAUUUGUGUUUCGGGGGCUCUUAAAUGUAAUCACAGAAAUAAGAGUUGUUUUGUUACAUCACAUGGACUUAGAAUUUUCUUGCAGCAUGGUAGUGUGCAUUGAUUGUGCAUACCCUGAUAGUUUAUUUAACGUCCUUUUGUGAAAAAAAAACAGUAAAACCUUAUAACAAGUCAAUGCAAGGAGGAUUUUUCUUGGGAAUUGGGGCACAAGGCGAUGAGUAGAAAAAAUUAUAAGGGUUAUAAUCUUUAGAUUCGAGCAUGUCCUAUAGAAAGAAUUCUGAAGACUAAAGUUAUACACAAUCCAUUGUAAUUCAUUUGGAUCAAAAAGGCCCAAAUCAUUCCAUGGAUUUGCUAUUUGUAACUUGGCUAAGAAGUUGUUUUUUCCUAUGCUGGCUAUAUCGCACAUCACAAAGUCUAACAUUAUAAAAACAAAUUGUGUUUAAAUUUUUAAAUAUGCAACUGUAGGUUAAAAGGCUUUAUUCAUUGGAUACUUGUUAUUAUUCCCGCUGCCCGGGUUUAUAAUGCCAAUUAAUCUUGUGUUAACUCAGACGGUUUUGAAACUUAUCAGGUUCAUAGGAGAAAAAAACUCAGUCUAUAAGUCCUACACAAUUGGCUGGUUUAUAAGGCCUUGUGAGACAAGAUUAAUAGUAGGUACCAGGCAAGUGUGAAUUGCAAAAUUAAUGGUUCUAUACCAGCCCAAGUGUGAAGGUUGUACCAGGAUUAUAACCUGGUUAGAUAGCAGACAAGAGCGUGAAGUAGUCGGAACCGGAAAGAACCUGCCGAAGCAUCCUGGUUCGGAAGUCACAUCACUGGUUCAAAGGAGGUCAUGAUCAUGGCUUACCUCGUCAAAGGGGAACCCUGAAGUUUGAUAAGUCAUGGCUAUACUAGGCCAUGUGUUCACUCGGGGUAUAUUUUGUGGAUGACGAUCAUUUGCCCCAAUUUUCCAAUCUAAUGUUGUCCGCUCACUCGCCGUCCGUCGCCAUAUAUCGUUCGUGCUCCUUCCAACCGUAUUCUCUCAUACCUGUAGCCUAUGACCACCCUUCCAGCCACGGUCCUCCUUUGCUGUUCACUCUAAUCUUCCCAAAUCUUCUACACCUAUGGCUCCGAGCUGCUGGUUCUUCUUGGCCCUCUGGCUACCAUUGGUGCUCGUGGUCGUGGCGGCUGUGCAGCAGGUGGAAGCAGGCUGCUCGGGCUUGGCCAAGAGAUGCGGCAACCUCACCAUCUCCGACCCUUUCUGGCUCAAUGACUGGGAGACGGGAAGACCGUGUGGCUACCCGGACUUCGAGGUCACUUGCUUUAACAGCAGUACUCCAGUUCUACUCAGCUCUGUACCCCUCAGCUACGGCUUUGCAAUCGUCAACAUCUCUUAUGAGGAAGAAAGGUUGCACGUGGUUGAUGUAGGCAAGCUGAAAUUGCUGAACGCCUCUAGCAGUUGCGAAUUCCCGGUCUGGAACACCACCAUCAAACUGGGCGUCCUGUUUAGGAUCGCCCCCGUCAACCUGAACCUCGUCUUGUACAAUUGCACGGAGCAGGCGGGAGCAGCGGCUCUGGCACGCCGGCAGAGAGAGCUGGUGCCGACGAGGAUGAGGUGCGGGAACGGGAGCGAGGUGUAUGCCAAAGCCGGAGGCCGUUACAGCGAGGAGACGAGCGGCUACAGUGGCUACGAGGGCUGCGACGCUGCAGUCACGCCGGUGCUGGGCGCAUACGGCAAGGCUGACGCGGGCGACUACAAGCAGCUCAUCAGCCAUGGCUUCCUCUUGACAUGGGAGCUCCCACGGGACAGUAAAAGGACGAAAACAGUUUUCAUAGUAGUUGGAUCACUAGGCGCUGCUCUUGCACUAAUGGUGUUCGUCAUCUAUGUCUUGCACCAACGAAGGAGGAAGAAAAAAGCUAUGGCUUCAAAUGAGUUCAUGCGAAGUGGAUCUUCAAUGACGACAUACAGUAAAGACCUUGAGCUGGGUGGUUCUCCUCAUAUCUUCACUUUUGAGGAACUCGAAGUGGCUACUGAUGGAUUUAGUGCUUCAAGGGAGCUUGGUGAUGGUGGCUUUGGAACUGUUUAUAAAGGAAAACUCAAGGAUGGGAGAGUAGUUGCGGUGAAACGCCUUUACAAGAACAACUACAGACGGGUUGAGCAAUUCCUGAAUGAGGUUGACAUCCUAUCCCGCCUGCUCCACCAGAACCUUGUCAUCCUAUAUGGCUGCACGUCUCGGAUGAGCCGUGACCUUCUCCUGGUGUACGAGUUCAUCGCAAAUGGGACCGUCGCGGACCAUCUUCAUGGAUCCCGUUCGGCGGAACGAGGCCUCACAUGGCCUCUGAGGCUGAACAUUGCCAUAGAAACGGCUGAAGCACUGGCCUACCUCCAUGCAGUCGAGAUCAUACACAGGGAUGUGAAGACAACCAACAUAUUACUGGACAAUAACUUCCAUGUCAAAGUUGCAGACUUUGGGCUGUCACGCCUGUUCCCGCUCGAGGUCACCCAUGUCUCGACUGUUCCACAGGGCACACCGGGCUACGUCGACCCUGUGUACCACCAGUGCUACAAGCUGACCGACAAGAGCGACGUCUACAGCUUUGGUGUCGUGUUGGUGGAGCUGAUAUCCUCAAAGCCUGCCGUGGACAUGAGCAGGAGCCACAGUGAGAUCAACCUGGCCAACAUGGCUCUCAACAGGAUUCAGAACCAUGAAGUUGUUCAGCUGGUUGAUCCGGAGCUCGGCUAUGACACCGAUCCCGAAACGAAGAGGACGAUCGACCGCGUGGCCGAGGUGGCCUUCCAGUGCCUGCAGAUGGAGAGGGACCUGAGGCCGUCGAUCAAGGAGGUGGUGGAGAUCCUGACUUGCGUCAGGGACGGAGACUAUCAAUCUAAGAGCAUGAAAAAGAAGGCUUCUCAGAAAGAGGACGCGCACUUGCUCACGGAGGGCUUGCAGUUUUCGCCUGACACGGUCAUCCAUAGAUUCGAUAGCCAGUCAACUAACCACUCGGUAGCAUCGAAUGCUAGCGGGUUAUGAUGUGCUUUGUAUUGAUUCUGAAGAAAUAAGGCCGCCCUGUCGAUCGGAUGAGUUGUAUAUAGCAUAGAGUUUGCUAAUGAGGUGAUUCAUCUUACUAAUAAGUACAGGCUCAUGGUUGCAGUAACUCUGCAUUUCUGAGCUUGGCAAUGAUUCAAAUGGUAGGUGUAUGUACUAGGAGCAAAUUCCAGGAUAGGCACUGUAAUAUACAUAUAGUCAGUUCAAGUUGACGAAAAGAUUGAAUUCAGAAGUUGAACUGAUCAACAUUCAUAUUAUAAGUAAUCACACUGUACUUAUA